AUCUAUCUUCUCCUCACCCAAAACAACGGGAAUCAUCUCUUUAAGAGGCCUUCCAAGUUACUCCUGAGAACUUAAUCAGUUUAUCCGUGUAAGACUAGCCAGAAUGGUCGUCGAGCUCGUCCCCUACUUCGAUGGAAUGCAACAGGGGCAAGGAUACAAUACCUACACCCAGGAUAUCUGCGUUGCCAACGCCGUGACGGUUAAGCCCGACACUCCACUCCCCGACACCUACGAUCUGUAUUACCAGAGUGACCUUGUCAGUGACUACAAAAAGCUAGCACAGUCACUUGAAAUCAGCGCUGGCGCCGCCAUUUCGGGUUGGGGCCAGUCGGCUAAAAUCGAUGCCAGCUACCUCAACCGCGCGGAGUUCGAGGCGAGUACGGUGACCUACCAAGUCGAGGUCUCGUCCCAGCAACAGGGAACGAUUGGUAACACAUAUUCGUUCAACAAAAUCAAGACAGACAAUCCGAAUGAGACUUACGGCGAUCGCUUCAUCACUGACUUCAUCAAGGGCGGCAAGUUCCUGGCUCGGGUGUCCAUCACCUCGACCAGCAAAUCGACCUCCGAAGAGAUCAAGCAAUCAGCGGAGGUUGCCUUCUCCAUGUACGGAGCCACCGGCAAAGUCACAGAAGAAGUCAAGACCGCCGUGCAGCAUAUAAACAAGAACUCGCGGACUCGUGUUCGCAUGCAUGUCUCUGGUGGUGGUGGGACUACGCUAUUUAGCGCUGAGUCGGACUCGGAUGAGAGCGGAUCGCAGCUGUAUGAGAUCAAGAAGCAAGCGGACAAUUUUUACCAAGAGCUCAAAGAGGGUAAACACAGAUAUAGGCGUUUUGCGAUUCUCUGGAAAUACACGAACGUUCCGAACUUUGAGGGCGCGUUCAGGCCGUUGGACUAUACCUUUGCCAGUAAGAAGAGCUGGACCUUGUUUGAGGACUUCACGCGAUAUGGUGUGGUCAACGAUAGCAUCCAGAAAAUUCCGGCUACCAAGUUCAACGAAGGGAGAACACAGCAAGCGGCCUUGUACACGGAGGGGACGAACAACGAAGAAGCCAUUUCGAACUUGGUUCAGGCAAUCAACAAAGACCCCAGCAAGGUCAAUACAGUCGUACCGUAUCCUUCACCAGACAAACUCGAGCACAAGCUGUUGCUGUCUAUCAAGACAGUCACCAUGAUUGCCCAGGAAAGAACCCUCAACAACGGCAGCUUGACUGACAUUGCUCUUCCGAAACUCGGACCCAGCGCUGAGAAGCUAUUCGAGUUCAAGGCGUAUGACUUCGAGAAUGUCUUCAAGACCACAGUCGUCUCAUUCGGACAAAAAGACGAUUCGUACAUCUGCCUCGUUGGCCAACGGGUUUCUGACUAUGGAUAUCGGGAGGAAAGCUGCUUUUGGGUGUUCCUGGAGCAAGUGUCUGGUGUUUCGGAGCAGAGGGUCGUUGUCUCCAAGCUCAAGUCUGCGGAUUUAGUUCGACUGAGUCGCCAGGAGCCGGGAACGAAGUUUCUCUUCGACUUUUAUGCGUGAUGUUGUUAUCUUAGUGCUUGAAUCUUUCUUUUGAGGCUGGAUGUUGGCAUGAUGCCUGAUCGCGUCGCGACUAGCGCUUCCUCCAACAUGGUUGUGUUUAUUGAUUGACUUAGGAAACAUGCGGCAAUCCGCGGAAAUUGGCGGGUGUCCGGCCAGGGAGGGAGACAGCGGAAGUGUUCCGUUCUGAAGCACUCAUACUCUAAUAGCCC